UGUGUUUCAGGUGUGGUCGUGUUGAGGAGGUGGAUUGCAGGUGGAGUGUGUUGCUGUUCGGUGCGUCUGGACGGGAAGACAGUUCUGAUCACCGGAGCAAACACCGGCAUCGGCAAAGAGACGAGCAGAGACCUCGCACGCAGAGGGGCCCGGGUGGUGAUGGCGUGCAGGGACCUCACCCGAGCGGAGCAGGCGGCUGAGGAGAUCCGUCGCUCGACAGGUAAUGGUAACGUGGUGAUCAGACACCUGGACCUGGCCUCGGUUUACUCCGUCAAACAGUUCGCUAAAGAUUUCAUCGACAGUGAAGACAGACUGGACAUCCUCAUCAACAACGCAGGAGUGAUGAUGUGUCCAAAAUGGCUGACGGAGGACGGUUUUGAGACUCAGCUGGCUGUCAAUCAUCUAGGUCACUUCCUGCUGACCAAUAUGCUGCUUCCUAUGCUGAUUAGCUCCGCCCCCAGCCGUGUGGUCACUGUGUCCUCCAUCGCCCACAAAGGGGGUCGUAUCGACCUUGACGACCUGUUCUUCACCACGAGGCCGUACAGCCCUCUGGAGAGUUACAAACAGAGCAAACUGGCUAACGUCCUGUUCUCCAGAGAACUCGCCCAACGACUCAAAGGCUCUGGUGUGUCGUCGUUUUGUCUCCACCCUGGUGUGAUCUACACAGAUCUGGGGCGUCACGUUCACAGCUGGUUCCCUUUGUUGGGGACUCUGCUGAGCCUUCCCUCCCUGAUGCUCAUGAAGACUCCCCGGCAGGGCAGUCAGACCACGCUGUACUGUGCCCUGACCCCGGGCCUGGAGGGGCUGUCUGGACGUUACUUCAGUGACUGUGCAGAGAAGGAAACGGCUCCAGAGGGACGCGACGACGUGGUGGCGAGAAAGCUGUGGGAGCAGAGCGCCCGACUGGUCGGAUUAAAAGACACAUGCUGACCUCUGACCUUUAGAUCGUUACGUAAUGAAAGUAGGAACUCACUAUGACAUCUGUUUAGAAUGUGAUUUAAAAAUAACUUUUAUUUUCUUGGUGUAAUUUGUGUGAGAACGUGGUGCCGAAUUGGACGAUGUUUUACUGUUGACCUUUGACCUGCAGGGAUGUCACAGCUUUUUUGUGCAAACUGAAAUAAAGUUUAAA